AGUGAGUUCGUGUUCCUGUCUGGAGGUUUUAAGACUUGCUAGCAGCUGAGACUCCUUUAGAUGUUUGGAUUUGCACCACAUUGGCUACUUUGAACAGCGCCGACACACCGAGCGAGCAAUAGAGCUGAAACCACAGCUGUUGCCAUGGCAAUCCUGUUUGCAGUGGUGGCUCGUGGAACCACCAUCCUGGCAAAGCAUGCGUGGUGUGGUGGCAACUUCCUGGAAGUGACUGAACAGAUUUUAGCCAAAAUCCCGUCAGAGAACAACAAAUUGACCUACAGUCACGGCAGCUAUCUCUUUCAUUACAUCUGCCAUGACAGAAUCAUAUACCUGUGUAUCACCGAUGACGACUUCGAGAGGUCGCGCGCGUUCAGCUUCCUCAGUGAAGUCAGGAAGCGCUUCCAGACAACGUACGGGUCGCGAGCGCAAACGGCUCUGCCUUACGCCAUGAACAGCGAGUUCUCCUCAACACUGGCCGCUCAGAUGAAACACCACUCGGACCCACGAGGAUCAGAUCGUGUCACUGAGACUCAGAUGCAUGUGGAUGACCUGAAAGGCAUUAUGGUCCGCAACAUAGACUUGGUAGCUCAGAGAGGAGAGAAGCUGGAGUUGCUGAUUGACAAGACAGAAAAUCUGGUUGAUUCUUCGGUCACAUUCAAAACUACGAGUCGUAACCUGGCACGAGCCAUGUGUAUGAAGAACCUCAAGCUGACUGUUGUCAUUGUGGUGGUGUGCCUGGUGGUCCUUUACGUUAUCGUUUCUGCUGCCUGUGGAGGCCUCAACUGGCCCUCAUGUGUCAAAUGAGAGGAGAGAGGGGGGAAGAGGGGGAGAUGCACCUGUUCAACCCUGCCUGCCAGUGGACACCAAAGGAAACUUUCCUUCCCCUACUCCUCUAGCUUCAACAUCGCCGGCAGAUACAUGCUGCUCCUCCUCCUGCCUCCUUCCUCUGCCCUUCUUUGAUAGCGUGCACAUUGACUUGCCUUCUGGACAGGGAGUCCCACCUCAUACCCACACUAAUGGACAGCAGCCAUGUGGCCUAAAACUGAUGUGGAACAACAAUCUUGUCUUAUACUAGUCUGGUACAUUCAUUCUGUCUCACGCACUUAGUGGCCUGAUGUAUCCGUUUGUGAUACUGCCCUGCACCUACCUAUGUAUUUCAUCCAAUCAGACUGAUACCGUCAUGAACCACACAGAUAGCAGAGAUAGCUUUGUAAUUUUCCUUUGGAAGUGACAUAUGGGCCCUGCAAGUAUAAGUAGCAUGUUGCAGAUCCAUCAAGAAGGAAUCCCACAAUACAAUGUCUGGUCCUCCGUUACAUAACUGAAAACUAAUUUUUUUGACAAAAACCAGUGCAGUAUACAGUACGUCUUAAGUGGCGAGUGUCCGAUGAACCAUGUUGUAGAUGUCUCAUGAAUUUGCUCGGAGUCACAGAUUUUCUGAUUUCCUUCAUGUUUUAUCGCAAAGCACAGUCGUAUAUUCUAGAAUGGAUGUUGUAAAAUACCAGAUAUGAUCAUACAAAUAAAUAUUGUAAAUUUGA